AUGAAUCUUUCUGAAGAAAAGUGGACCAUUCAACAACCUCAAGUAACACCUUCUCCACACCAUCAGCAUCCUUCAAUGUCGUCAAAUGGAAUGUCUCCUGAAAAUUUUAUUCAACCUUUUUCUCCUUACGAAGGUCAAACCACUCAAGGUCAAAUACAUUCACAACCAAUAUUUGUAUCAAUGCCUUCAGCGCCUACAAUAACUCCACGACAAAACGGAACUCCAAUUAAUGGUGGUGGUGGUAAUGAUGCCGGUCCAUUCUUCUCUCAAACCACUCAACAUUAUAAUCUUUAUAGCGUGGAUAGAACUAUUAGUUAUAAACUUCGAAUUAAUUCAAAAGUAGAUCGUGGUUUCUUCUUGGCAGAUAACGAUUGGACGUGCUACCGAAGGAAUUAUUUUCAAAUUAGUAGCGCAUUUUCUAUCUCAACUUCUACUCAUACCAUAAGUGAAGCCGAAAUACCGUGCUUACUUGAAGUUGAUGGUCAAUUUCAUGGUGUUACUGGAUUCUUAUUGGGUAUUACGGCAAGAGUAUCUAAUAGUGAUAAGAAAAUUGAAUUAGUACAACAUACGCCGAAACGUGAUAAAGGACCACAAAUGGUUCCGGUACCAAAACCGAUUCGAGCGGGGGGUAAUUUAAAUUUAAGUUCAGUCGGAUCAAAUUCAAAUAUUGUUACAUUUGAACGUAUUCAAUUUAAAACAGCCACAGCUAAUAAUGGUAAACGUCGAGCAGCUCAACAAUAUUAUAUAGUUAUGGUUGACCUUUAUGCACAAAUAGAAAAUGGGGAACAAAUUCGAGUAGCAUCGUCAACUUCAGCUCCAUUAGUUGUACGUGGUAGAUCACCCGGUCAUUAUGCAGAUAAUCAUGAAAGAUAUAAUCCUAUACCUAUGAAUCCAGCAUUUCCUAAUGAUCGUCAUCAUAUGGGAUUUUCACCUCAUCCUCAAGGACCUAAUGGUGCAGCACCAACAAUGAUGCCACCAGAAUUUAAUGGAUCACCAUUUCCCACACCUUAUGGACAAUAUCCACCAUUUCACGGUUUUUCACCAGUAGCAGCUGCAACAGGUGUAACUCCCACUUCCUCUACUUCUCCUAAUUCAACUCCUCAAUCAGCAUUUACUAGUUUCGAAUCACUUCCUCAAUCAACUAAUACUAAUUCUUCGAAUAUGGAACACGAUGCACUCACGUCACCUGCCGCUUAUCAUUCACAAGAAUACGCACCAUCAUCUUCAACACUUACCAAUAUUACAACCACGACUACGACUACGACGGCAGCGGAAACAACGACAAAUAAUAAUCGACAACGAAAUGAAUGA